ACGCCCUCCUCCAAUAGCGGUCCAGCCACAACGUGCGCCACGUCACUAGCACCGCUGGCUGAACAACUGGAAGCUACAGGUGGCCGCCAGUCUGAGAUGCGCAGACAACAAGCGCGCUUUCACCGGGCGCAGCCAUGUUCUGUCGCGUGCCACCCUUGUCCCCUCUUGCUUCUUCUACGCGACCAAAAGAAAUGCCAAAUGCCCUGGCGCGAGAGCACAAGACGCUGGACUCUCCCAGCCGCCAUCGCCUUGGACACCACCACCGUUGAGGCGCGACUAGUCCAGCGACUCGACCCAGCGCCUGGAUAAGUUCCCAAACCGCCGGUAACCAGUAACCAACAGCAGCAACCGCCGCGGCGAUGGCCACCUCCCCAGCGGCAAGCGGUGUGACGAUCAAUCUCGAGCGCCAGGCCAACGCGCCGCGCCUGCUCAAGGGCGAGGGCGUGCGCUGCCACCUGCACGACUUCACCCUCUCGCCGGGCGCCCGCGACGUCGACGUGAGCAUCGAGGAGAUCACGGUCGAGGACCUCCUCGAGGGCCGGGAGGACAUCCCGCCCAGCGCCAAGAACAGCGUUUUUCGCUGGCUUCACGUUCCCGUGAACAACAUGGCGUGGGUCGAGCCCUGCCUAGAGAAGAUGUCAGGUCGUCCGCUCGAGGACAACGUCAAGGAGUGGCGGCGCAAGCUGAGCAGGCCGAACCUGGCCGGCCCCGUCCCUCCGCACUCCCAGUUCAUGGAUCCGUCGUGCGAAUCGGGGCUCCGUGGGCUCCGACGUGAAAGCACAAACAUAUCGAGGAAAAGUACCAUACCCAUGGAGCCAGAUUCUAUUCCGAGUAGUUCGGGGGCAAAAGACCCCAAGAGUAGUUCCAUGGAAAAUCUGCCCCAGCGUGCAACCACUGUCCAGAACAAACCCAUCGAAAGGCUGAAGCGGCGUCGGUCCACGGGAAGCCUGGGCUGGAAUGGGGACCAGUCAGACAGCGACGCCAAGGGCUGGGUCUCUCUGUUUCUUCCCUACCUCAACUGGGAGCAGUACGGCGAAUAUGUCCGCAUGGGCCCGCACUACGAGAUGGCCAAGCACUUUUGGGAGCAGUACAUGGUCCAGGGCGUCGAUUUCCUCCCCUCGGAGCCCGUCUGGUUCCGUGGGUCCCCCUUGCAUCUCCGCCGGUCGCUGGACCAGUUCUUCUACACCUCCCUCAGCGACACGCGGGCCCGGGACGCGGACCAGACCGUCUCGAAAUGGACCGGCGCAUACGCCGGCGAGGAAGGGCGAGACAGGGCCGCGCGCGACAGCCUGCUUCUCAUCGUGGACCAGAUCUGGGUGUGGAUCCUAGACGACCGCUCCAUGGUAUCCUUCUUCCCCUCGCACGAGUUCCAGCACCGGGGCGAGACGGCACGCUUCGCCGACGUCUACAACAGGGUCUGCGACCAGUCGGGCAAGUGCCGCACCGUCUACGACCUCUACUCGCUCGUGGCCGGCAACGCCGUGACGUCGCUCUUCGCGCCCGAGAACCGCGUCUUCGGCGACGUGCUGGGCAUCUACCGCUGGGCCAUCGGCAAGAAGGCGGCCCAGCAGACGGUGCUAUUCCAAAAGUUCUACGACUCGACCGAGACGCGCUCGACGAGCUUCAGCAGCCGCGGCGAGCUCAAGCUGACCAUGGAGGUGUCGGACAUCCUCGAGGAGCUCACCAUCCUGCAGCGGCUCAUGGAGGAGCAGGAGGACGUGCUGCGCGCGCUGCGCAUGGCGCUGCUCAAGCUGCACCGCAAGAGCACCCAGGGCGAGCGCCAGUUCGAGGACACCCAGAAUGGCGCCACCACCGUCAUCAACAUCCACGGGCUCGUCAACUCGGGCAAGAUCAACUUCGACAUCGACUCGGCCAACCAGUUCGCCAUCGACGAUGACGAGAUCAAGGGCCUGGGCGGUGUGAUCCUAGGCAAGACGCUGCAGAGGUUGUCGUCGAGGAAGGCCGAGAUUGAGAAGCUGAAGGAGGACGUACAGGGGACUCACAAGCAGCUUCUUGCCCUGCUGGAGCUGAAGCAAGCAGCGGCAAACCUCGCCGAGGCCAAGACAGCGGCCAAGCAGGGCCUAGCCAUCAUGCUGUUCACUAUUAUAACCAUCAUCUUUCUCCCGCUGUCCUUCUUCACCUCCUUUUUCGGCCAAAACGUGUCCGAGAUAACCGGAGAUCCCAAAAACCCCUCAACCGCCGACCUGUGGAAAUACGGAGGCCCCAUCAGCGCCGGCCUCAUUGUCAUUGCACUAGCGUUCGGUUUUUAUCUCAACAUGCCCGAGGCCAGGAUUUGGCACUGGAGCAUCUGGAAAUGGCGCACCUGGCAGUGGCCGAAACGGCUUCCCGGCAGGAGGCAGGACGACCCGUCUGCUCCAGGGGUGUAUCUGUCCGCAUACGCUCACGCGGACGGUAUUGAGAUGGCGUGAGUGCCCAUGGGGCGUGGACUGCACGUCCAUGGCCCCCGCAAGGCCGGCAUUUUCUCCGUUUUGUCCCUUCUUUCUCAGCGCGCCCCCUAGAGUCAAAUCGUCAUGUAAGGCCAGCUCGAAUGACGCCCGAGUCAACUCUGCCACUCUACCACACUGCCAUCGUAGCCCUAGUCACCAUCUCCCGACCCGCGAUGCCUAAUCUAAUGUAACAGAAUAUGGGGCGUCCCUCUCUACGACGGCA